AUGUCGGCCGGAGACCUCGUCACCGUUCUUGCCGAGGGCACUUUCGAGGAGCAGAUCGUCGAAGUUUCUGCUUUCCUCUCGCGCUCCCAACCCGAAGCAUCGCGCAACGACUUUAUCUCUCGCUUCCAGCAGCUUGCUCUCGAUGCCGAACCCGCUGCUUCCACCGAAGCUGAAGCCGCUUCCACCUCGGACGCAGGCAAGAAGCAACAGACUGUCCAGCAACUCGUUUCCGAGAUCAGCACGCUCGGCGAGGGAAGCGAUCGCGAGCUCGAGGGUGUGUACAAUUUGAUCUUUUCGCUCGUCUCUGCUACCCAACAGCAGUCUUCCUUGGUACCUACGUUGAUCGCUGCCAUCUCGAAAGAGUCUAGUGGCGUCGACAAGAACAACGUGAGGUAUCGCAUCCUCUCGAACCUGUUCAACUCGCUCGAGGCUUCGUCGGCGUUGCGUCUGCAGGUGUUCAACGCUCUGCUCACCCUGGCUGCGGCCAAUGACGACUUGGACUACCUCACCUCGUCGCUCACCGCCUUGCCCCAGUGGCUGGCACAGUGGCAUGUAUCGGAAGCCGACAAGGCUGCGUGCCUCGAGGCGGUGGCCAAGGCGUUGGAGGGCGCGGAGAAGGAGCACGGCCAGACGUCCAAGGCGUACCAGUUCCUGCUGUUGCACCUGCGCUACAUCUCGACUCUGCCCGCUAACGAUUCCAACAAGGACGCCGCUGAGCGCACUGUGGCAGCGGCGCUCCGCCUGCCCAAGCUGUACGAAUUCGAGGAUUUGUUCCACAUCAAGGCGGUUCUCGACCUCAAGUCAUCCUCCAGCCCCACCUUUGAGCUGCUCAAGAUCUUUGUUGGCGGCUCCACCGCCGACUUCCAGUCCUUUGCCGCCUCGCACCCGCAGGAACUCUCGCGCCUCUCGCUCUCGCACGACGAGCUGCUCCACAAGAUCCGUCUGCUCGACUUGGCCGACCUGUGCGCGCUCAGCAUCUCGGCUGACGUGGGCUACUCGAGCAUCGCCCAGACGCUCAAGAUCGACGAGAGCGAGGUCGAGGUGUGGGUCAUCGACGUCAUCCGUGCCGGUCUGGUCAGCGGCAAGCUCAGCCAGGUGAACGACGCGUUUAGGGUGUACAAGUCGACCCACCGUCAGUUUGGCAAGCAGCAGUGGCAGCAGUUGGAGCAGAGGCUCGUCCAGUGGCAGACCAGCAUCACGAGCAUCAUUGACAGCAUUGCUGCUACGCGCGGCGGCAAGUUGCCCGAGGGUGUCGUCGAGGCUGCGUCGGCGUAA